UUAAGCAAAAAGUUGAAAUCAGUAUAAAACUUGUCUCCAAAUGUUGCGUGUUUCCAAGUUGUGCCGCCGCGAUUUCUGGGCCAUACAUCCGCUGGUACUUAAAUGAUCCAAUUGCGCAGCCAAGCUUAGGCUUCAACACCGGAAUCGGAGUCGAAGUCGAAACGCAGGUCGAAAUACUUAGUGCAUUGGAGCGCGAGCUGAGACAGGUGAGAAUGCAGCCGGCGUCUACUGCGAUUCGACUCCAAUAUACCGUAGACCCAGAUGCACUGGAACUGUUCCAGUAUACCCUCCGUUCCGUUAAGCAGCAGCAACAACAGCCCCGCCAGCACGCAAUUGCGAACCGCUUUUGCAGUCGUCAAUCGAAGGCAAGUUGGAGCGGUGCGAGAACCACUGAGCUGUCUGCAAAAACAUGACUACAUGCAGUGUUUCCAGCACACCAGCGCGGUUCGCCCGCUGUCUGGUAAACUUCCAAAUGGACGAGCUGCUGCUGCUGAAAAAGUCCGUGUUGAGAAUGGAGUCCCUGGACUCGGGCGAUUUGCCGACGUCAGCCACGGAUUGCCCGGAGGUGCAUGGAUCGCAAAUGCCGGAGCGUAUGGCCUUGAUGGCUGCUGAUCGGGGUGAGCACGGUACCACUGGCUCCAGUGGUUCCUGGCAUUCGCCGCAUCCUUGGGUCGAGCAGAAGCCGUCAAAGUUGCAAACCCUCUUUCAAAUCAGCAUAACGGCUUUGGCUUUUCUCUCAUUCGGCGGCUACCUGCUCUGCCUAAUUGUGCAGGCCAUCAAGAGCAAGGGCACCACCUACUUCCACCCGGUGGCCACGGCUACCACCACCUCAUCCAAUGGGAACGUGAAGCGCAUUAAAAUAUACCGCCGUAGCAAGCGCAGUUUCGUUCGGUCAGGGCAUUUACCCAAGGCGCCGCCCACGCGGAUUUUGCUGGAGCAGGACUACGCCUACUACGAG